GGAGGUGUGCGCAUGCGCAGUGCCGCUGCGGGGGGCGAUGGCGGCGCCGCUGCCCCCGGUAUCGCGGGCGCCCCCUGGUGGUACCGGGGGGGGCAGAGCGGCCCCGGGACGGGGGGACACGGCCCCGGGACGGGGACACACGGCCCCGGGACGGGGGGACACGGCUCGGUCCGAGGGUGCGGAGGGGCUGUUCGUGGUGCUGGGUGCGGGGCUCGCCGCCGCCAGCCACCCGCUGCUCUACGUCAAGCUGCUGGUCCAGGUUGGGCACGAGCCACUACCUCCAACUGUGGGGAGAAACGUGCUGGGAAGGAAGGUCCUGUACCUGCCUGGCUUCUUCACCUAUGCCAGACACAUUGUGGAAGUGGAUGGGAAGAGAGGCCUCUUCCGUGGGCUUACUCCUCGCCUCAUCUCAAGCACUUUAUCAACCAUCACCAGGGGGAGUGUGAAGAAGGCCUUUCCACUGGAGGACAUGGAGCACGUUUCCAACAAGGAUGAUGUGAAGACUUCCCUUAGGAAAGUGGUGAAAGAGACCUCUCACGAGAUGAUGAUGCAAUGUGUGUCCCGAGUUGUCUCCCACCCACUGCACGUGAUCUCUAUGCGCUGCAUGGUCCAGUUCGUGGGCCGGGAAGUCAAAUACAGCGGCGUGUUCAGCGCCAUCGGCAGAAUACUGAAGGAAGAAGGGAUCCUGGGGUUCUUUGUUGGUUUAAUCCCUCACAUCCUGGGAGAUGUCAUCUUCCUCUGGUGCUGCAACCUCCUGGCUCACUUCAUCAACACCUACGCAGUGGAUGACAACUUCAGCCAAGCAUCGGUGAUCCGCAGCUACACGAAAUUCGUGAUGGGGAUCGCUGUGAGCAUGCUGACCUACCCCUUCCUUCUCGUGGGAGAUCUCAUGGCAGUGAACAACUGUGGGUUGCGUGCUGGGCUCCCUCCCUACGCUCCCGUGUUUGCAUCCUGGAUCCAUUGCUGGAGGUACCUGAGUGCUCAGGGGCAGCUUUUCCGUGGCUCCAGCCUGCUCUUCCGUAGGGCACCCAUGCCAGCUGCCUGCUUCCCCAUCGACUGACUCCUCAGCAGGGAGAGGUGAUGAACUUGGACUCCUCAUGAAACCCCAAGCUUGUUUCAAUAGAUUUAUAUUUUUUCUUUUCAAUCCAAAGUCCAUGGUGUCAGGACAAGACACCUCUCCAGCAAGGCCAGCAGCAAGUUGGUGUCUGGAGAUCUGACUUCAGGCUCCAGCUGGACCAAAGCCCCAUCCUCAACUGAUAUGUGUAGCAGAGAGAGCAGGAGGGAGUUGUCCUUUUCUAUUUGGUCCAAACUGCAGCUCUGGAGUGACUGGGGAAGUCUGGGAAACCAGAAAAUUCCCAGGUACCAAAUGAUGGUGCAGGGACAAAAGACUGCUUCAUUCUGCCUGAGCUGGGGAGCAGCAAGAGAUCCAAGGUGACCUUGCUGGGAAAGGUUACCCCAACUGACCAGCCUCCCAUCUUAUCUCUUCUGGAGACAGCAAAUAUCUGUGUGGCAGGUAGCUCAUCCUGAGUGAGAUCAACCCUGCAACCCAUAUUUAAGGUUUUGAGGGUACUUGAGCACUAGGGAGCACACCAUAGGCAUCAAAGAGAAGUUCAGGUGUCAAGCAGAAUGGUCCCAAAGAGACACAGCACAGAUCCAGGGCAGUGGUGGGACUUGGACAUGGAGAGAGUGCUUGGGGAUGGAUGUGAGCUGCACGUGGAAAUGGUUUUUUUUGCAGCAGGAUGAGCUGUAUUUAGGAUACACCCAACAGCUGCUGGGUGCAGGCUGGGCCAGCAGGCUGUGCACAUUGCUCAGGGGCCAGCACAGGUUAGGGGUUGAGCUGCUGGAGAGCAGCUGGAGGGAGAAGGACCUGAGAGUCCUGGUGGAGAACAAAUUCACUGUGAGCCAGCAACGUGCCCUUAUGGCCAAGAAGGCCACUGGCAUCCUGAGGUGCAUCAAGAAGAAGGUGGCCAGCAGGUCAAGGGAGGAUCUCCCCCUCUUCUCUGCCCUGGUGAGGUCAGGUCUGGAAAGCUGUGGCCAGUUCUGGCCCCCCCAGUACAAGACAGACAAGGAGCUACUGGAGAGAGUCCAGCCAAGGGCUACAAAGAUGCUGAGGGGAUAGGAGCAUCUCUGAUGGGGAAAAGCUGAGAGACCUGGGGCUGUUCAGCCUGGGGAAGAGAAGACUUGAGAGGGGAUCUUAUCAGAGCUCAUAAACACCUACAGGGCAGGUAUCAGGAGAAUGGGGCCAGACACUUCUCAGUGGUGCUCAGUGAGAGGACAAGGGGCAACAGGCACAAACUUGAACAUAGGAGCUUCCAUCUAAACCUGAGGAGGAACUUCGUUACUUUGAGGGUGACAGAACACUGGCACAGUGUACCCAGGGAGCUGCUGGAGCCUCCUUCUCUACAAACACUCAAAACCCACCUGGGUGCCAUCCUGUGCAACCUGCUCUGGGUGAACAGCUUGAGCAGGGGACUUGGACUGGGUGAUCCCCAGAGGUCCCUUCCAACCCUGACCAUGCUGUGAUCCUGUGAGUUGGGUCCUGGGCUGGACCAGCUGACAGGACCACGAUCCCCAGGCUCCUGCUUUGUGUUGGACACAGCCACGUCUUGCAGCUUGCUCACAGCUCCACACUGAAGGGUUGAGGGCAGGAGGGGCACUUGGUCUGUUACUGUCUGGAGUGAAAGAAUAAACCUUAAGCUGGCCAAAGGCUUGCAAGGUGUCAGGGUCAAGGGCUCCUCAGGCACGUGCCAGCAUGGCUGAGCCUCGUGAGCAGAGCUCAGCAGUGGCUGCAGGGCAGGAUUUAUCCUCAGCUCCCCAGACAUAAGGUUUUUUUGCACCAGUCUGUGCUGUUGCAGCAGCCAGGCAGAAUUCCCCCUUCCAAAGCAGUCUUUUUUUGCACAGAGCUGUUGCUGCACUCCCUGGAAAGAGUUUUUGGGGUCCUUGAGCAGGUUCCCAUGUGCUGCUGUGGCAGCAGUUGGGGUCACAUCUCACCCUGGUCUUCUGGGGACCCCAGCCUGCCAUCGCAUGGGUUUUCCUCCAUCAAACAGGUUUGAUCCACACCUCCCAGCCAGGACCUGUGGGACAGCACCAGUCCACACUGGGACCAACAAUCCUCACCCAGCUCCCUUUGGUGUCAUCAAGUUGGUCCUUUCUGUCCUCCCUCCCCUACAGUUUAUGUUCCAGUAACAGCUUCAAUAAUGCAUGGCCCUGUUCCCUAACACCAGAGAUUAUUUCAAAGAGGAUUUAACCCUGCUCCAAAAUACAGCUAUGAAACAGCA